AUGCAGCUGUCCUCGAUCGCGCUCACCCUGGUGUUCACCAUCUUCUCGCCCCAGAUGUGCAUCUCCACGCAGCAAGAGCCUCUAUUUUGCUUCACCGCCAGCAUCUCGCUGUCCUUCGGAACUUUUAUCCAAAAUUUACUGGCGUUGAAGGACGCGGCGUUUCCGUUCCGGUUGGCUUUGAUGUGCAACCUGUUCACGGCGGCAACAAACGUUGCCGGUUACAGCCACGCUAUAUUUUAUCGACAUCAGCUAUCCAUCCCUCAUGGCUCGUGGCUGAAAAUCCCAGAUUACCUGCAGUAUUUCUGCUUUGCAGUCAUGUACGGGACGUCGAUGUGCUUUUUCAUGUAUGUUUGCGGCCGAAUCAGUAUCGUCGAUUUUCGCAACGCGCACAUCUACCAGACCGGAGUUUUGGAGGCGCUGAUUGCUAGGGAAGCUGUCUGCACGGCGGGCUUCAAGCAAAUUUUUUCCUGGGUUAUUUUGGCGGUUAUGGUAGUAUUCUUUACGGGGAUGAUGUUCUUCGUCAUUCACAGCCACUAUUCGCUCAAAAAUGGGCAUAAAAAGGUCCAGGAAAUGUCGCAGGUGCUGCUGAUCUCGAUGGCCAGUCAGACAGCCUGCUUCUUUGUGCUGCUCAUCAUCCCGAUCAGCGUGCUCAUCGUGAAGUAUCAAGACGAGAAUUUUAAUGAGAUGUGGGUAAUCGGCACGAUAAUCUGCAGCAGCCACAAUAUUGUGGCCUCACUAUUCAUCGUGUUCUCCACUAAAUCGUAUCGAGAAAGGCUGCACGGCUUCUUCGUCAACAAACAAAAUGGUGUACAACCUCCAAAAAUCGUCAUCUCACAUUCGGGGACGUCGGUGAAGCCCUCAAGCAGAAGCCUCUUUCGAUUGCUGACAAUA